ACCUGCCAUUUCAUUCUCCAGUACAUGAGUUUAAGCACAUAUUCUUUAAUCAAGCUCUGUGGAGCCCAGUCUUGUACUCCACGCUGAAAGAUGGAUUUGCUUCCAUGCACAUCAAGGAUGUGGCUCUUCAUAAUGGGGGCAGGCUUGGUCCAAGCCCUUGUUACUUCAGGAAUAUUCAUGAAAAGAAGAACUGUACAACCAGAAGCUACUAUGGAUGUUGGUGAAAUGAUUUCCUUCAAAGGAUAUCCCAGUGAGACAUAUGAAGUGGUGACAGAUGAUGGAUAUAUCCUGAGUAUUAACAGAAUUCCUCAUGGGAAAAGAAAUAACCAGAAAUCGGGUCCCAGGCCCGCAGUGUUCAUGCAGCAUGGCUUGUUCGGUUCUAGCAGUAACUGGGUGCUUAAUAUGGACUACAACAGCCUGGGCUUUAUAUUGGCUGAUGCUGGUUAUGAUGUUUGGCUUGGAAACACCAGAGGUAACACCUGGUCCAACAAACACAUCAACUAUACUGAGAAGCAUCAAGAAUUCUGGCUAUUCAGUUUAGAUGAAAUGGCUAAAUACGACCUUCCAGCUUCAAUAAACUUUGUCCUGAACAAAACUGGCCAGGAGAAAAUAUUUUAUGUUGGUCAUUCCCAAGGCACCACAAUGGCAUUCAUUUCAUUUUCAACCAUGCCACACCUUGCCAAGAAGAUCAAAAUGUUCUUUGCAUUGGCACCAGUAGCCACUAUAACGUAUUUGACCAAUACGGCUUUGACCAAACUUGGAAUGGUUCCUGAACCUCAGCUCAAAAAAAUGUUUGGAACGAAGCAGUUUUUGGCUCAAGGCAGAACCUUGAAAUGGUGUGCUACUUACUUGUGCAACCGUUUCCCAAUGGAUUAUCUUUGUAGCAGUGCUGCCUUCAUCAUGACUGGCUUUAAUGUGCUAAACUUCAAUGUGAGUCGAAUCGAUGUAUAUGUCUCACACUUUCCAGCUGGGACAUCUAUCCAGAACAUGCUUCACUGGGCUCAGAUUGUGAAGGCUGGGAAGUUCAAAGGCUUUGACUGGGGAAGUGAGGAAGCAAACGUGGCUCACCACAACCAGCCAACACCACCUUUCUACAACGUACAACGGAUGACUCUUCCAACAGCUGUCUGGAGUGGUGGUAACGACUGGAUUGCAGACUCAAAGGACGUUGCCCUCUUGCUGCCUCAGAUCCCAAACUUAGUUUACCACAAGGAUAUUCCUGAAUGGGAACAUCUGGAUUUUGUCAUAGGCUAUGAUGCCCCCCAGCGCAUGUACAUAGAGAUAAUGGAUUUAAUGCAGAAUUAUAAGUGAAUGUGAAAUAUUCCUUCAGGACCCUUCACUGUCAAUCUAUGUUGAUGAAAAGAACUACAAUAUUUCUUAAAAUUCCAUUUCUCAUACAGGUUUAUCGCAGUCUCGGUUAUAAGCAUAGCUGUCAAGUUCUCCCCCUUUUUAAAGGAAAAUUCCCUUAUGCUGAAUAGGCUUCCUCGCGAGAAAAGGGAAAACUUGACAGCUAUGGUUAUAAGGAAGGUUUGCUUAGUAACCUUGCAUUUUCUAAUUCUGUUCCUCCAUUGAUGUAGGACUAAGAUUCUUUGUUGCUCUUGUUUUGACAUGCUGUGUGGCAGAGUCUUGUUCUAGUACAGCAUGCCUAUUGAGGGUAGAAAAAGUACUUGUGGUGAUGUCCAAGUCUUUUCCUUUGAGGAACUGGUCCAAUUUCAGUUGUUUCCCAGCCUUGGAAUUUAUCUGGUUUGGGGUAGAGUGCUACUGUUUCUUAGCUGCCUCAGCAGUUUCUGGUCUAAUCUCUCUCUCCUCCUCUCCACCGCUGAGUUGUAAACUUUAAUUUGAUUAGUUUCUCUCUAGAUUGGAAUCCUUCCUUGGUUAGCAGUUGUAUUCCUGGUAGUUUCUAGUUAGUUUUUCUUUUCUCUAUUUAAUCACUUUGGAUAGAGAAAAGGGGAGAGUAGCACUAAUUACAGAGGAGCCUCUGUUGGGAGACGUUACUCCCAUAUUUCUUAAGAAAAUUCACCCUGGAAAGCAUUGCCUACCUACCCAUUCUCUCCCUCACCUCUCUCUCCCCCUCAAACUCACAAGGUCUCCAAUAGCAGUGUCUCACACCAAAUGUAACUGACCUGUAGAAAAUACUCUAUAAACUGAAAACAAAUGCUAUACGUAUGUUAUCCAUAAAAAUCUUUCCAUAAAUUUUUUUUUUAAGUACAGUGCUACCUUGGUUUAAGAACAGCUUAGUUUAUGAACAACUUGGAUUAAGACAGGGGUCAGCAAACUUUUUCAGUAGGGGGCCAGUCCAAUGUCCCUCAGACCUUGGGGUGGAGGGGCGGACUAUAUUUUGAAAAAAUAUAUGAACGAAUUCCUAUGCCCCACAAAUAACCCAGAGAUGCAUUUUAAAUAAAAGGACACAUUCUAUUCAUGUAAAAACACCAGGCAGGUCCCACAAAUAACCCAGAGAUGCAUUUAAAAUAAAAGGACACAUUCUACUCAUGUAAAAACAUGCUGAUUCCUGGACUGUCCAUGGGCCGGAUUGAGAAGAUGAUUGGGCCGCAUCUGGCCCCCGGGCCUUAGUUUGGGGGACCUGUGGAUUAAGAACACUGCAAACCCGGAAGUAGGUGGUUUGAUUUGUGAACUUUGCCUUGGAAUAAGAACAUGUUUCGCUUCCUGUUGAGUGUCUUCCAUUUGUAAAACGGAAACGGGUGUGAGUGCCUGUGGAAUUUUAAGGGAACAGCUGAUAUUGGGGUAUUAUCUUUUUUCCCCUCCAUUGAAUUUUAAAGGUGUGGCUUAUAUUUGGCUGUGGCUCAACCCAGGUGGCGCUGUGGUUAAACCACUGAGCCUAGGGCUUGCUGAUCAGAAGGUCGGCGGUUCGAAUCCCUGUGACGGGGUGAGCUUCCGUUGCUUGGUCCCAGCUCCUGCCAACCUAGCAGUUCGAAAGCACGUCAAAAUGCAAGUAGAUAAAUAGGAACCGCUACAGCGGGAAGGGAAACGGUGUUUCCAUGUGCUGCUCUGGUUUGCCAGAAGCGGCUUUGUCAUGCUGGCCACAUGACCUGGAAGCUAUACGCCGGCUCCCUCGGCCAAUAAUGCGAGAUGAGCGCGCAACCCCAGAGUCGGUCACGACUGGACCUAAUGGUCAGGGGUCCCUUUACCUUUUACCUUUACCAUAUUUGGGCCAACACGGUAUAUACACCCACACACCCACAAACACCCACACCCACCAGGAAGCAUACUUGCAGUUAUGAAAUAAUGAAGAAACCUGUGCACUAUGCACCAUAGGUUUCUAAGUUUUGGGGGUUUGGGUGUGUGUGUGCUGGGGUGGAUCCAGAAUUGGCCUCCACAGUCACUUACGAACACACUGUUAAAACCGUGUUUAUGGAAGACAAUCUUACUCUGCUACGAGUGAUCACCGAAGGAGGAGGAGGAAGAAGAAGAAGAAGAAGAAGAAGAAGAAGAAGAAGAAGUUGUUUUCCUGCAGAUAUGAUACUCUGGAAGGAUUUCUCCAAUAAAGAGAUGGUCAGACAAUCACUUUCAGCCAUGAAAACCACACGUAGGUUAAGGGGUGGUAUGAUAGCCAUGUUCAAAUAUAUAAAAGGAUGUCAUAUAGAGGAGGGAGAAAGAUUGUUUUCUGCUGCUCCAGA